AUGUCCAACAACAUCAAGGUUGUGUGUCGUUUUAGACCUCAAAACUCCCUUGAAAUCAGGGAAGGAGGUGUCCCCAUUAUCGAUAUCGACGAAGAAGGAACUCAACUGGAUUUAAAGGGCAAAGACUUUCAGGGCAGCUUUGCCUUUGACAAAGUCUUUGGCAUGAAUACCCCUCAGAAAGAUGUGUUUGACUACUCUAUAAAGACGAUUGUUGAUGAUGUCACUGCUGGUUAUAACGGUACUGUAUUUGCCUAUGGUCAAACUGGUUCUGGUAAAACAUUCACCAUGAUGGGUGCUGACAUUGAUGAUGAAAAUACGAGAGGUAUCAUUCCUCGUAUCAUUGGUCAGAUCUUUGAUAGUAUCAUGGCUGCACCAAGCAACCUGGAAUUCACUGUCAAGGUGUCUUAUAUGGAAAUUUACAUGGAGAAGGUCAGGGAUUUGCUGAAUCCAUCCAUGGACAACCUUCCCAUCCACGAAGAUAAAGCGCACGGUGUGUAUGUCAAGGGCUUAUUGGAGGUGUAUGUUGGAUCCUCUGAGGAUGUAUACGAAGUCAUGAGAAAUGGUAGUGGCAAUCGUGUAGUGGCAUCUACCAACAUGAACGCCGAGAGUUCCCGUAGUCAUUCCAUCGUCGUUGUCACCAUCACUCAAAAGAAUAUUGACACUGGAGCAGCAAAGAGCGGUAAACUGUAUCUUGUUGAUUUGGCUGGUUCCGAAAAAGUAGGCAAAACUGGAGCCUCAGGCCAGACUUUGGAAGAAGCUAAGAAAAUCAACAAAUCCUUAACGGCACUUGGUAUGGUCAUCAACUCGCUGACUGACGGAAAGUCGAGUCAUGUUCCAUAUCGAGAUUCCAAAUUAACUCGUAUUUUGCAAGAGUCAUUGGGUGGUAAUUCUCGAACAACGCUUAUUAUCAACUGCUCUCCUUCGUCGUACAAUGAGGCUGAGACACUGUCAACUUUACGUUUUGGUAUGCGAGCUAAAUCCAUCAAGAACAAGGCCAAAGUCAACGCUGAUCUUAGUCCUGCUGAGCUCAAGGCACUGUUGAAGAAGGUGAAAACAGAGACAGUUACGUUCAAAACCUACAUUGCUGCUUUGGAAGGUGAAGUUAGCAUUUGGAGAUCAGGCAACACGGUACCUGAAGAGCGAUGGGUGACAAUGGAUAAGGUCACGAGAGGUGAUUUUGCUACCCCCACAACUGCCUCAUCUUUGCCUUCAGGUUUCAGAAGUCCACUGCCGGAUGAUCUGUCUCGCCCUGCAACACCUGCUAUCGUAUUAGAAAAAGACGAGCGUGAUGAAUUCCUGCGCCGUGAAAAUGAGCUGAUGGAUCAGAUUACAGAAAAGGAAACCGAGUUGAACAACCGCGAAAAGCUGCUGGACUCCAUCAAGGAAGAAAUGAACUACUACAAGGAGCAAGAGCUGUCUGUCACACAAGAGAAUCAGGUCAUGACUUCAGAGUUGAGCAAUUUGCGUUUGCAGCUGCAAAAGAUCUCUUACGAAAGCAAGGAAAAUGCCAUCACUGUCGAUUCACUCAAGGAGGCAAAUCAAGAGCUGAUUUCGGAGUUGGAGGAAUUGAAGAAGAGCCUUGUAGAGAUGAGGUUGGCUCAAAACGAGGUGGUUCAGAGCGACAAGGAAAAGAAAAAGGCCGAGAAGAUGGCUCAAAUCAUGUCUGGCUUUGAUGUCACUAGUGAAAUGAACGAGAAGGAACGUCAAAUCAGAGAUGCCCUGGUCAAGUUGGAGUUGGACGGCAAUGGCCUAUCUGUCGAGGAGUUAGUCUCACUCAGACGCGACCUUUCUGACUCUCGCAUCUUGGUAGAACAGCACACAAAGACGAUUGACCUAUUGACAGAAGAAAAGGAAAUUAUCGAGAAGAAGAAGCUAGAGUUGGAAGGCCGUUUCGCUACAUUAGAACAAGAGUACGAGGAGCUCUUAGACAAGACUAUUGCAGAGGAGGAAGCUCAAGUUCAAAAGAAUGAGGAUCUUGCUGAAACCAUCACUACACUCAAGUCUAAAUUAGAACACCAGUAUGCCUCCAAAAAGGAGAAUCAACAAAGAGAGAUCGAUGAACUCAAGUUGGAAUUGGAAAAGAAGGCCGCUGAUCAUGCAAAGAUGACGAGCGCCAUGAAUGAUCUAAAGAUAGCCAACGAUCAACUCCAGACUGCUCUCUCGGAUCAAUCCUCAAGAGAACCCACAGACAUUUCUGAAAAGGAAAGAGAUCUCGAACGCAUGCGAAAGACGAUGGCUCAGCAACUAGCUGAUUUUGAGAUGAUGAAGAAGGCAUUGAUGAGAGAUCUGCAAGGCCGUUGUGAGAAAGUUGUCGAAUUAGAAAUGUCACUUGAUGAGACGCGCGAACAAUACAACAACGUAUUGCGUGCUAGUAACAACAAGGGACAACAAAAGAAGAUGGCUUUCCUGGAGCGUAAUUUAGAGCAAUUAACCAACGUUCAAAAGCAGCUCGUUGAACAAAAUGGCUCACUCAAGAAGGAAGUAGCUAUUGCCGAGCGCAAACUGAUUGCAAGAAAUGAACGUAUCCAAAGCUUAGAAUCAUUAUUGGGAGACGCACAGGAGAAAUUGAUACACCAAAAUCAAAAGUUUGAAGCACAACUUCAAGCUGUUAGAGAUAGACUGGAGCAAGCAAGAACUCAAAAAUCCAACCAGCCAGCCAUGUCAGCCAUCAACUUUGGUAGAAUUGCCAAGCCAUUGCGAGGCGGUGCUGCUGUCAACCCUGAAUCACAGCAAGAUGACAGCAAGCGUGAAAAACGUAGCUCUUGGAUGCCUCAGUUCAUGAACUCUUCUCGCCAAUAA